AUGUCUGGAUAUCCUGGCGGCUCCGGCGAGGGCGGUAAUAAUGGAUUGGAUUCGCUGUUUGCCCAGCUCCGCCAACAACAAUCCAAGCCCGUCAAUCUAGAACCCAGCUACAGCUACUACAACAACGGCAACGGCGGCGGUAGCGGCAGCAACCCAGCCUUCUAUGGCCAUCAGCCUUCUUCAUCGCAGCAAUCUGUACUGGGAAGCUAUCACCAGCCCUCCGUCUCCUCACCUUUGCCAACACCGCCGAUACACAAUCAACACCCUCAUCACACCUUCGCCGUCAUGAGUCCUGCCGAACCUGCUCAGCCACGAAUCGCGACAGCGACUGGAGGCUCAUCCAAUGCUGAUCGCACUUCCAGUCUGCUCAAUCUUCUCAAGUUCAGUCAACCCUCGUCCGGCUCACCACAUCAACUAGCACUAAUUGGAACGCUAUUGCCUCCGUCGCGCCAGCCGUCGAUGAGCUUUGGUGGCCCUGAGGUGCAAGGACAGGUCAGCGCCUCUGCUCCUGGACGAGGUGGUUCCGAUCUGUUGGCAGCCUUGAUGGGUUCCCAUUCUCGAUCUGCGCAAGAAAACAAGCCCGAGACAGACUUGCCACGCGCUACUUUCACCAAUUCUGCGUCCCCGCCACCGGCAGACACUCAAGCAUAUCUUUUGAAUUUGCUACAGCAGCCAAAGCCGGCUCAAUCAGACCCAGCACUCCAGGUGAAAUCAGCUAACGUCUUAACACCUUCAAGCAAGACGAGCACACCAGAUGCUGUCGAAGAUCUUUCUGCAGCUUUGAAAGAGGCUUCUCUGGAUCUGAACUUGAUGGGUUCAUCCGCCACCGAAGGCAAUCCCUCGCUCGCGAAAGAGCCCAGCAAACUGGCUAGCCAGACUGCUCAAGGCCUUUUCACCUAUGUCAACCCCUUUGAGCAGUUGGCGGCUUCUUCGCCUCGAAAUCGGACACCCAAAGCUGCCACGCCUGGGCCCGCCAUUUCAGGCGCUUCAGCUCCAGCGAUCCAGAUUCUGAAACACCCACGACACGAGUCUUCUCCGGAUAACAAGCGUAAGAUGGACGAACGAAGCACGAUAUCAAGUCCAGCCCACUCGAAGCGAAGACUUGAUUCAGUAUCUCAACAAUCAUCUGCCCCGCCCACUCCUCUUCCAGAUGGACGCACUCCGCUUGAGGCCUUAAUUGGUAUCGGUGCUGCAGGCACAGGAGCGCAGAAUGGGAAGGAAACUGUGCACAAUGCUCUUAGCGAAGUUGGUGAUAGAGUUGACAAGCAAGUUCAGGAGGCAAUCGCACGUGCGGAGCGGGAUGAAAAUCAGGCUUCCAUCGAGCAAGACCUUAGAGAUCUAUUGUCAGCGAAAUCAGACAGUGAUUUCAAAGCGCAAGCCGAACAUACUGCCCAAGCCAUCAAAGUCGAGCUCGAGAAGGAGGAAAAUAGUGGUGCCCUGGAUGGGUUACCUACCCCUGUCGCCGAGGCUGUUAAGGGUAUAAUUGACGAAACUGCUCAAGGUCAUAUUGCAGAUAGUUGGGAAAGUGCUGACGCAGAGGCUGAAGAUAGUCCGUCCAAGGCAGAGGAGGAACACAUCGUGAAGGUUUAUAAUUUUCCGAUGAAGCCCUGGAUCUCUAUCCAUAUAAAGUCCACAGACGAACCUCGUCCUACGUUCCGAGAGGAGGCGAUAAUGGAUAUUGCCCGUCUGAAGAAAGAAUUCGACCAGAUUGAUCGUACCCUUGUCACAGCUUCUGGGACAUUCAUCGUGUAUGGAAUGUCUAAGAAUGGUGGUGUUCGUAUCAUUAGGCAGGAGGACGGAAAAGAUGCUCGGGUUUUUACAGAGACGCAAGAUCGAAUUUUCAGUAUCGUCACCUCUUCCUCCCAAUCCGACUUGAAAGAGGCCGUGAUUGCUACUGGCGUGAGCGGCACGGUUUACUGGGUGUUGAUCAAGGAUGGUGAAGGAGACCAUCUUGAUGAUUCUAUGCCGGAAAUGUAUGGAUUUGCUCUGCCGCCUGUUCAAUCUCAAGACAACGAAACUCCCGGUGGUGUUUUGAAAACCAGAGCUCGAAAGAGUUCAAAUCACCCCGAGUACUUUGGCGUCGGUCGUGGAAAAUUCAUCCACAUCAUUUUCCCAUCUGUCAUCUUAAAGCGCUCUUUUCUGAAACAUGGAAAGGGUCGUCUGGUUGAUACGGACAAAUACCUUAGCCAUCUAUCACUCAAGAUCAAUGCUGGGAAGGCUGGCAAGGAUUUCACUUUUAGUGAGGAUGAUUCCACGAUUGUUUCCCUCGACAAGGCCGGAAAAGUCAAGUUUUGGGACAUUCGAAGUCUCACCAAAAACAAUGGACUCAAUUCUGAGCACAUUGAGGUCAAGGAGCCCCUCAUGACUUUUACCACCACGCCCGCAAAUGAAAAGUCUUGGCCAACUUCCGUCUUGUUCGUUGACAAGCUCCGACCAUAUCAAAAAGGUGGUGCUUUACGUUAUAUGAUAGUCGGCAUGAAGCAGAACCAUACCUUGCAGUUGUGGGACCUUGCGCUUCAAAAGCCGGUGCAGGAGAUACACUUGCCACACAGCAAAGAAUCCGAUGCCGUUUGUAGCGUACUGUAUCACGCCGCCACGGGCAUGAUUAUCGUUGGUCACCCCACUCGCAAUUCAAUCUACUUCCUUCACUUGUCAGCGCCGAAGUAUAAUUUGCCAAAGUCCAUUACCCAAACUGAGUAUAUGGAAAAGAUACUCUCUAAUGAUCCGACGGUUCUGAAGCCAGAUUCUACUGCCGUGAUCAGCGGAAUGCGAGAAUACUCUUUUGCGAACAAAGGUUCACUUAGAAGCGUUGAUCUUCUGUCGAACACGAAUGUCAACUUGGUUGAAGGCGAGGCACCCAUAAUGUUCGAGCUUUAUUGCAUGCAUUCCAAGGGCGUAACUUGUCUGGUCAUCAAGCAAGCUGAUCUGGGUUGGACCCUAGAUAACAAAGUGAUUCAUCUUGUUGCAUCUCCGGAGAAGUCUGGAAUCAUCUCAAUUGAUUCACUCAAUGAGUUGCCAGCUGCUCCCCCAUCCGAUGCUGGCGAAGCUGCUGCUGCGUCUCUGCCACCACAAAGCAUCCCACGGCCUUCUGCGAAGGAAUUCACGCCAAAAGAAGCUCCAAAGAAGACAGCUCCUGCAGAUAUUUCUAGCUCAACGACGAAACUUGAUGAAAAGAAGGAUAAUGUCGUUUCUAAUGGAGUUUCGCCUGCAGCCACUGCCACGGUCGAGAAGGCAGAAAAGAAAAAACGGAGAAAGGCAAACUCAUCGUCAGAGAACCCUGGCUCAACCUCUACACCACAGCCUACACAAGCAAAGGCCAUCGUCCUCGAUCCUUCUUCUCACGCUCGGAAUGGUAACAUGCCUAAGGCUAACAACAACAAUCGUGUUGCGGCGCAAACACAAGAAGUCAGUGACGCUGUUCUCAAAGGUAUAGAGGCUCGCGUCGCUGCGGAAGUCAAGAAGUCCUUUGCCGAAUCAUUGGACUCUUUGAAAAAAGACAUCACAGAUGAUAGACGUACGCAGACUGCCGUGGCCGAUGCGAAGCAAGACGCAAUGCUUCGUUUGGUUUCAAGCACGCUUUCGGACAAUAUUGAGUUAACGCUUGGCCGCAUUGUCGGGGCUAGUAUACAAAAGUCUGUCCUUCCGGCUAUUACCGAAGUAGCGUCAAAGGCCGUAAAUGAGCAAUUGGGCUCCAAACUAAAGGAACAGGUCAUGCAAACUGUCCCGUUGGAACUCCAUAAGAGUUUACCAGACGUGAUAGCCAGGGCUCUUCAUCAGCCUCAGCUUCUGAAACUCAUGUCCGAUUCGCUUGCGCAGAGUGUUGCAUUUCAGGUUGAAGAACAAUUUUCUAAUCUUCUACAAGGUGUCAUCGUCCCUUCUUUCACCGAACUUGCUCUCCAAACCACACAGAAGAUCUCAAGCGAUGUACAGCGACAGGCAUCUGAGCAAAUCGCUCUGAUCGAACAACAGCGACAUACAGAUAGCAUCAAAAUUGAGCAAUUAACUCAACUUGUUACGGGUCUGACUGAGACUGUCUCAUCGAUGGCUGCUGCUCAAGCUGAGUUCCAAGGGCAAUUUCUAAAGCUUCAGAAGCAAGCUACCGGUGAUAAGCGCCAGGUCUCACGGCAAACCGAGUCUAGCGUCUCUGUGGAGAGCCAACCAAAAACCGCAGCGUCAGAGAAAUCGCCUGAGGAGGCAGAGUAUCUCGAGAUGUUAGCCAGUAUCCAAGAAGCUAUGAACGAAGGCAAUUACGAGAACGCUGUCAUUCAAUGGCUUCAGACCCGCCGCGAACAAGACUUUUUCAGGAGGUUCUUUUCCAAGUUCAACCCCAAUUUCGUCCAAAGUCUCAGCCCACUCCUGUUACUCUCGCUCGGCGCAACUAUUACCAUCAACCUCGAGGAUCAGUAUCUUCUGCAGAGAAUAAGCUGGUUGGAGACCAUUCUAGCGGCUUUUCAAGGAAGACUCAACGCUGGCGAACUUGAGGAGCAAGUACGAGAACUUAUUCCGAAGAUCAUGGGUAUAUACAUACAACGUAUUGAGCAUCUAUUCAUGCGCGUGAGCGUUAUCUCGGCAAAUGAUCCAAAUCUAAAGCGACUUUCAAUGCUUGUCACUCUUGCCAAUCGUAUACUAGAGGCUGGUCGAGAAUCAAGUAAUUCUGCCUCGGGGUCCGUUAUAAGUGGUGGCAGACAUUAUCAUUGA